AUGAGCGACCUUGACCGGGCUAUCGCGCAAUUACGCGCUUGUCGGUUGAUACCCGAAGCCCAGGUCCGCGAACUUUGCUACAAGGCGCGCGAGCUCCUAAUCGAAGAAGGAAAUGUAGUCUCCGUCGACGCGCCCGUGACAAUCUGCGGCGAUAUCCAUGGCCAGUUCCAUGACUUGAUGGAACUGUUCCGCGUGGGCGGCGACGUCCCGGACACCAACUACCUAUUCAUGGGCGAUUUCGUCGAUCGCGGAUUCUACUCCCUCGAAUCUUUCCUCCUCCUUCUCUGCCUCAAAGUCCGAUACCCCGAUCGCAUCACCUUGAUACGUGGCAAUCACGAAUCGCGCCAAAUCACCACCGUCUACGGCUUCUACGAUGAGUGCAUCCGCAAAUACGGCAGCGCCAACGUCUGGCGAUACUGCUGCGAGGUCUUCGACUACCUUGCGCUUGGGGCCCUCGUCUUGGGCGCCAGCUCAGAGCUCGAACCCACCGGCCCCAGCAUGGAUACCACCCAAUCCACCAUGCCGAUCGAUGACGAACUCGAGACCGAAAUCCUCAACUCCAGAGGCGAAGUCACCAUGAGCACCUAUCGCCCCCGCCCACAACCCUCCUCCGACCCAUCAUCCAUCUCCCCACCCCGCGACAUAUCCGCCACAUCCAACCAAGCCCCCUUCCGCUCCGGCGCAGCCGGCACAAGCGCCUCCGGCGACGCCGGCGGGAGCUACGGCAGCCGCACCGGAGCCGUGCUCUGCGUGCACGGCGGCCUCUCCCCGGCCAUCGACACAGUCGACAAGAUCCGCCUGAUUGACCGAAAACAGGAAGUGCCACACGAAGGCGCCAUGUGCGACCUGCUCUGGUCCGACCCCGACGAAAUCGACGGCUGGGGUCUGAGUCCCCGCGGCGCGGGGUUCCUCUUCGGCGGCGACAUCGUCAAACGCUUCAACUACCGGAACGACCUAUCACUGAUCGCGCGCGCGCAUCAACUCGUCAUGGAAGGUUACAAGGAGAUGUUCGACGGCGGGAUCGUAACAGUCUGGUCCGCCCCCAACUACUGCUACCGGUGCGGCAACGUCGCCGCUAUCCUGGAACUAGGCGAAGAUACAAGCAACGGUGGCACCGUCGCCAGAAGCAAUGGCGAUUAUGGAAGGAGUAACGGGAUCAUGGGAUCGACCAAUAAACCAGCCGUCCGCAGUCCCGGGAGACGGUAUAGGGUGUUUGAGGCCGCGGCGCAGGAUACUAGAGGCAUGCCUGCUAAGAAGCCUGUUGCUGAUUAUUUCCUGUGA